AUGACUCCCCACCCCCACCACGCCCAAAAAUGCACCUCCAGUGAGUCAGACGCACUCUUCACCCCCGUGCCACUCUGGGACGGCCUCCCGGACCUCCGCCUGUCUGCUCCGCCCGACAACCAGCCACGCUUUUCAAAAUCCCGUAAUAACCGUGCGCACCAAUCAGAGGCGGGUGUGCUGACUGUGCCCGCCCCGCUCCAGGCCGCGGGAGGACGAGGAGCCUCUGGAGGUGGUGCGGCGGCCGCAGGAGGACUCUCGGCGGCGGGGAGCAGCAGCAGCAGCAGCCCCCGGCGGUGCAGAGCCCGGCGCCGCCCACGCAGACGCAGCCCCCGCCCGAGCCCCCCCAGGCCCCCCCCCGCCGCACACAGCGCCCCCGACCAGCAGAGGGAGCUCCUGCGCCGCCGAGAGCAGGAGAGGAGGAGGAGAGAGGCGAUGGCGGCUACCAUUGACAUGAAUUUCCAGAGUGACCUGAUGGCCAUAUUUGAGGAGAACCUGUUCUGAGACUGUAGGCAGAGGGCACGGAUGGAGACACAUGCAAAAACCUUAAAGAAACUUGCAAAUAUAUAUUAAAAAAAACAAAAACAAAAAAAAACAAAAAGUGAAUUAAGAAAACUACUACAACCCAACGUGGGCCGGACGGAUUUACAAAGAAACUCUCCCGUCGGAGGGCCAGGAUUUCAGGAGACCCUCGUUCGGGGGAAAUGAGGCUUGUGGAAACACCCCCCCCCCCCCCCCCCCCCACCCAGAACACGGCCGUAUGCAUCGCUCUUCACCACGGCAACGAGCGACGGACUCCAUUCGGCGACUGGACUACGCGGGGGCGGGUUGGAUAUGGACCUCCUAAUAAUUUUACAAAACAAAAUAAGAACUUUAUUAAGAAGCAAAAACUGAUGUCAGGACUGAGGGGGGCGGUCACGUCGGACCCCUCUGGGGGCAGU